GUUAGAGCAUACAAUUGUCCUUUAUCUUCAUGUAACAGAGCUUUCAAGCGAUUAGAGCAUCUCAAGCGCCAUAUGAGGACGCACACCUGUGAGCGCCCCUACCAGUGCCCUUCUUGCGGCAAAAGGUUCUCGCGAUCUGACAAUUUAUCACAGCAUCAAAAAACACACGAAAAG